AUGCGCAUACUCUCCAACGCGACGAUCUGGACACUGAAAUAUCGGAUCAGAACACCGGAAGGUCUGCGUGCCGGCGGAGGCCUCGGCGCAUCCGCGCUCGCUCCGCUAUCCCCACCUUGGCUAGAACAAUGGGACCGCAUACAAGUGUCUCGUCGUCGCCGGCCUACGAGCACCGCCAAGCGAACCAGCGGAGCUCGCAGCAAGCGCGCCGCCUCUCGUGCAGCUCAAGGCCUGCUAAAUGGAGAUACAGCGGGCCUCGGUUGCGGAACGCCGAGGUCUGAUCCGGAAAUAUACGAUGCCGGUCUGGAAGAUUGGGCGGCGACUGGGCGCGGCGUUGGGCCGUUUGCGAAGUAUAAAGGGCCUGAUCCUUCCCUUUGGAAAUCGCUCCUCUUCCGCGCGCACCAUCAAUCGACACCAAACGCACUCGUGGCUUUCGUAGCUUCUCAGUCUUGGGAUUGCUCGUCGUCGUCUAGCCCGCGCCUAUCGGGUACUAACGGGCUCGAUUCUCGACACCGCGCCACCCUGAUUCGACUUGCUCUGGGCCAUCAAGUCGACCGACCCGACACGCAAUUCCCACUCUCCUCUUACCACCGACUACCACGAUGUCGCGCUCAACCCGCGCAUCUCGGGAGGUUGGUCGCCGUAAGUGGCUUCAACGUCGGCUACCUGUCGCCACCUCAAACGACUGGCAAAGAGGGUCAUACUGAGGUGUUCCUCGGGCGCAACACUGCUCAACGCCCCCAACCCCUCCCCUUGCUUCCCGACGCAACCUCAGAGUCGCCCUUUUCCGGGACAUUCCGGCAGCACGCGACGGCGCGAGGGGUCCCUGAGCCAUACUGCGGAUGCCGAAGGGACCCCGUAUUGCACGACAGCUAUAGGGGAACAGAUGACUUGCCCUCGCGACCCUCCAACCGCCGGAGGCAGGACCGCACUCCCUCGGGCGAACGAUGCGACCUCUCGACCGUCGAGGGCGUGCGCGCACUUUCUUGGAUGAGGUGUGCGAUGGGGGAGGGGUCUCCUUCGUCUGUUGGAGGGAAGGAACUCGCAGGAGGGGGUGGAAACAUGGGCCGAGCCGCCGGAGGCAUGCGCGCGCUCCCUCGGGUGAUUGGUGCGAUGGGGGAGGCCCCUCCCCUACCCUUCCCAAGGAAGAGCGAUGCGCUCAAUCGCGGGAGGGGGCGGGCGGUGCCGAACCGCCGGAGGCACGCGGGGGUUGCUGGGCGAAGGAUGCGGCGAGGGCGGGGGUCCCUCACCUCGUCGCCCUUGUCUAAACCGCACCGCCCCCUUUUCUCAGGCGACUUUGGGCGGGUUUUCGACGGACUCAAGCCGUCGAAGGCACGCGAGGGGUUGCUAAGCGAGGGACGCGACGAGGGCAGACGACUUUUCGACGAAGCUGAGCCGCUGGAGGCGUGCGAGGGGGGUACCCAGAUUGAGCCGCCGGAGGCGAGCGCGGGGCCCAUCGGGCUUUUCCAACGUCUUUUCGAUGAGGCCGAGCCGCCGGAGGCGCGCGAGGGACGUCCUCUCGACGGGAUCAAGCCGCCGGAGGCGUGCUUGGGGACCCGAGGGGUGAGGAAGAUGACAAGGCGUUCUCGUGUCGCUGGUGAAGCGCGCGCGCCAUUCGCGCUCGUAAUGCGACGUGGAGAAAAUGACGAGCGCGAGGGGGAAGGGGGCGAUGAGGGAGAAGGCGCCAGGCGCGAGGGGGGAUAA